AUUGAUGGAGUCGACACUUCUGAAAUGACAAGAGAGAAACUAGAACAAUUCACUCUUAGAGUGAAAGAAGAAUUAGACAAAGAAAGGGAAGAACGCAAUUACUUUCAGCUAGAAAGAGACAAGAUCCGAACGUUCUGGGAAAUUACUAGACAACAACUAGAAGAGGCUAAAGCUGAACUUCGUAACCGAGAAAGAGCUACAGAGGAAGCACAAGAAGAAAAUGAAGCACUUCUUGAAACAGAGAAACAGAAGAUAAAACAUCUAAAGUACGAACAGCAAGCUGCUGCAGCCGCUUUGAGGGCGGAAAACCUCGUGGCUUUAAAAGCUGCUAAAGAAGAACACGCUGAACAAGAACUCGAGCUUUUGAAUGACAAAAGAGCACUAAGACAAGAAAUGAGAGAGAAAGCACUAGCUGCUCAAGACGAAUUGCGGAGAGCUAAAUUAAUGCAUGCCGAAGACCUCUCUAAGACGAGAGCAGAAUUUGAAGAAAAAGCAAGACAAAUAGAAGAAAAAGCUGAAAAGAAGCUUCAAGAAACUAAGGUAGAGUUGACAGUAAAACAUAGAACUGAAAUAGCUGAAGUUGAAGAGAGAAAGAAUAAGCAACUGUCUGAGUUGAUAGCCCAUCAUGAAAGAGCUUUUGCCGAUUUAAAGAACUACUACAACGAUAUCACUUUGAACAAUUUGGGCUUAAUCAGUAGCCUCAAGCAACAGAUGGAAGAUAUGCAGAAAGUUAAAGAACGCGCCGAGAAGAUCGCGAGAGAUGCAGUAGCAGAAGCGAAAGGUCUUCGAGAGCCUUUAGAGGCAGCCAUCAUCGACAACAAGGAACUGAAACGGCAAAUGUCAAACUAUGAUAGAGACAAAGCUGCUUUAGCUGCAAAAACGAAACAGCUAGCAACCCUAGAGAAACAGUUCGAAGUCUUGAAAUGGGAAUACGAAGUGCUCCAAAUACGCUUCGACAGAGUGCUAGCUGAAAGAGACGAGCUGAAGGCUAGAUUUUCGAGGGCCGUACUAGAAGUACAACAGAGGGCUUCGUUGAAAACGGCCCUACUGGAAACCAAGUUGAAAAACAUGGAAGCAAGAGAUUUAGGACCGAGAGAAUUGCAUGAACUGCUCAAACUCAAAGACACCCAAGUAGAAGAUCUUCGGUAUGAAGCCGCACGACUUCGGAAGGCGCAUGAUGAUCUACUCGCGACUUACGAAGCGAAACUAGCGAAAUUAGGAGUGCCUCCAGAAGAACUCGGUUUCAAACCAUUAAAAGCCGUUGCGGUGGCCGGAGUAUCGCCUGUAAUAGGUCAAGGACCGGCAGGAUUAGUGACGAAAGAUCAAUGAAUGUUAGAAAUAUAACUAAAAAAAUUGUAUAAUAUAAUUGCAAA